GUGGUGGGGUUCCCUGUUUACGAUCCUCAUAAUUUCGAAUUUCACUCCGCUUCUUCUUUCCGGGGCACACCACGGCACCCCGCACCCUCGGCGGCAUCCUACGAGGUGGUACCAUUUAUAGCCAGCGCCGGUCGGACGACAACGGAUGCAAAAGUGGAACAGCUGGUACUGUUGCUGCAGCACUGGGACCUGUUCGUGAGGAUCUGGUCUGCCGGUAUGGCACACCAUGAGAUGGAUCCUGCACACAGUCAUCCCGUGGCCAUGGACAACGACACCGACAGGGACGGGCUCGUCCUCCUGCCAGCAUACAUUUCGGUCGGUGCCUGCUUUGUGAUAGCCGUUAUUUACGUGGCCAGUUUGUACGUGUGGAACUCCAAGCAUGACCGUGACCAUCCGUCGACGAUUAAACGCCGAUUUUUCAGCGUCUCCGUGGUCAUGUUUGUGGCUCCCUUCUUUGUGAUUGGUCUUACGAGCGAAGCCGUUCUGAAACGGUACAGCAUGUGGCAGAUAAUGGGCUUCCGGACGGACGGCCUGUUUACGGCAACCUUUGUGCCGCUGCUACUGACGAUGGUGCUGUUUCUAGGACCGUUGAGCGUGCAGCUGACCAGUGGCGUUUGGCGCAUCUACUCUGAGCCGAUGUACUGGGUCAAUGCCGUCCGCAAUCUGGUCUGGCUGCGGAACCAUAUCGUCGCACCGCUCUCGGAAGAGUUCACGUUUCGGGCCUGCAUGGUACCGCUGUUGCUGCAAACGUUCAGACCGUCGGUUGCGAUGCUCAUCACGCCGCUGCUGUUUGGGCUGGCCCACCUGCACCAUAUCAAGGAACGUCUGCAGGGCGGACGACCGUUGCAGGAGGUGCUGAUAGUAUCGUUUUUCCAGUUUUUCUACACCACCAUCUUUGGCAUCUACUCAUCCUACCUGUUCGUGCGGUCGGGCCAUUUCAUUGCACCCUUUAUAGUGCACGCCUUUUGCAACCACAUGGGUUUUCCCGACAUCCAGGAGGUGCAAUCGCAAACGGACCACAAGAAGUAUCUUUUCAUCGCCUCCUACGUCCUGGGGCUGGUCGGCUGGAUCGCACUACUGCCAACGCUUACCACGCCCGAGUGGUACGCGAACGAUCUCUUUUGGGCCGCAGAACUUUAAAGAGAUUAUGCGUGUUUUGUGUGAUUCCGUGCCUCCCCCGCCCGGUCGGUGCCAUUAGUGAAAUCUUUGUUGCCACUAACAGAAACUACAGGGUUGCCUUUACGCAUUUCAACUGUUUGCCAGUAGAGCAAUUGUAGAAGCUUAAUAUUUUUAUUUUUUUUUUUUAUGCUUCAUUUAUUUAUUAUGCCACCCGUGUUCCUUGGUUUCUAACCGUUUCUAAGGUAGAGUGCAAGAAGACGACAGAAAAAACACACAAGCUGUGCCUGUGAGCGUUUAGGGAACUAAUUGUCGAAUGUUAACCGUAAUUAUUAUUGUCGAUUGUUGGCCGGACAGUGAUUUGUGAUUGAAACAACACGCUGUUGAAAGUUUUUUAGGACGAAGUGCGUACCGGCUAGACUGGGUCCGGGUCAAGAUCAUUCGUUGGGAUAUGGGGAGAAGGCAUGAUAAAUCGACAUCGACAUCGACGGAACCACUUUCGGAACCGGAAUGUGCAUCCCUUUUGUACACGGUAUUAUUAUGAAAUAAAUUUUAUUUCUAGUAAAUGCUA